AUGGAGCAGCAAGUAGCGAGGCUCGUAGAAAAGGCAUGGGACAAGUUCCAAAAGACGCCUAAAGAGAAACGCCUUUUAAUCGGAAUAUCCGGCAUCCCAGGCUCAGGCAAAACAACCCUCUCCCAAAUAGUAACAACCCGCCUCAACGCCCGCGCCUUGACCCUGGACCCGUCCAACCCAACCCGCACAUCCCACCCGCCCGCAGCCUUCGUCCCAAUGGACGGCUACCACCUCACCCGCGCCCAGCUCUCCGCCAUGCCCGACCCGGAAACCGCCCACGCCCGCCGCGGCGCGGCCUUCACCUUUGACGGAACCGCCUUCCUCGAGCUUGUCACGUCCCUCCGGGAGCCCCUCAGGGCCGAUUCUGCCCCGAUAUACGCCCCGAGCUUCGACCAUGCCGUCAAAGACCCCAAGGAGAACGACAUUGCCAUCCAGCCGUACCACCGCAUCGUCAUCUUUGAGGGGAACUAUCUUACGCUCGACAAGCCGCCGUGGAGCGACGCCGCGAAGCUCAUGGACGAGCUCUGGUUCGUUGACGUAGACUUUGAGGUGGCGAGAAAGCGCUUGAUCGUGAGACACGUCAAGGCAGGCAUCGCCAAGGAUGAGGAGGAAGCUGAUAAGAGGGCAAGGGAGAAUGACCUGGUGAAUGGGAAGGAGAUUGUCGACUUCCGCCUCAAGGUCAACGAGGUUGUUUUUAGUAGAGAAGAUGACGAAUGGAUUCACGAAUGA